CUUUGCAUGGUGUAACAUGUGUUGGAUAAUUCUAGAAGGUGCGUCGCAGUUCUUUAGCUUCUCUUCUGACUCAACCCACCGACCGGUACAGUGACUUGUACCUUACUACUCGCAUUCAUCUGAACUCGGCGUUUUCUCCAAGACAGAAGUCAGCGGGUUUUGACUGCUCGUGCACAUCCUCAACGAUUCAACUCUUUUUAUUAGUUUGAGUUAGCCGAGCUGUCAAAAUGUUGAGCGUCGCCAGAAGCGUUUCAAGGACUCUGUCGACAAGGAACGGCGCACGAAAUUUGUCUUCGUUGCUAACAAAGACUCACUGGAACGCCCUCCAAUCUGACACUCUCAGAGCCCUGUCCAGAAGAGACUAUGCGUCGGAAGCCAUCAAGGGUGCAGUCAUUGGAAUUGACCUGGGAACCACCAACUCCUGUGUUGCUGUCAUGGAGGGUAAACAAGCAAAGGUGUUGGAGAACUCUGAGGGAGCCAGGACAACUCCUUCAGUCGUCGCCUUCACAGCCGAGGGCGAGCGUCUGGUUGGCAUGCCCGCUAAACGCCAGGCGGUUACCAAUCCCCAGAAUACAUUGUAUGCCACAAAGCGACUCAUUGGACGUCGCUUUGAUGACGCCGAAGUCCAGAAAGACCUGAAGAACGUGUCAUACAAAAUUGUGCGUGCUUCUAAUGGUGAUGCUUGGUUGGAGGCUCAUGGAAAAAUGUAUUCUCCUAGCCAGGCUGGGGCCUUUGUCCUGAUGAAGAUGAAGGAGACAGCUGAGAACUACCUCGGAACUAAAGUGAAGAAUGCUGUGAUCACAGUACCAGCUUACUUCAAUGACUCUCAGAGACAGGCUACCAAAGAUGCGGGUCAGAUUGCUGGCUUGAACGUGCUGCGUGUGAUCAAUGAACCCACAGCGGCUGCCCUGGCCUACGGCUUGGACAAAACCCAGGACAAGAUUAUUGCCGUGUAUGAUCUUGGUGGCGGUACAUUUGAUAUUUCCAUCUUGGAGAUCCAGAAGGGAGUUUUUGAGGUGAAGUCCACCAACGGUGACACCAUCCUUGGCGGGGAGGACUUUGACCUGCCCCUUCUCAAACACAUUGUUAAGGAAUUUAAGAGAGAGUCUGGUGUGGAUCUGACCAAAGACACCAUGGCCCUCCAGAGAGUCCGAGAGGCGGCUGAAAAGGCCAAGUGUGAGCUGUCAUCCUCACUGCAGACUGACAUCAAUCUUCCCUACCUGACCAUGGACGCUUCUGGUCCCAAACAUCUUAAUAUGAAGGUGACUCGUGCUCAGUUUGAAGGCCUCGUAGCAGACUUGAUUCGUCGCACAGUAGCCCCCUGUCAGAAGGCCAUGCAAGAUGCAGAGGUGUCGAAAGGUGACAUAGGGGAGGUGCUUCUGGUUGGGGGAAUGUCCCGUAUGCCCAAGGUACAGCAGACUGUACAGGACUUGUUUGGACGUGCCCCCAGCAAGUCUGUCAACCCAGAUGAGGCUGUUGCCAUAGGAGCAGCCAUCCAGGGUGGCGUUCUUGCAGGAGAUGUCACAGAUGUGCUACUUUUAGAUGUGACACCGCUGUCGCUGGGAAUUGAGACUCUGGGUGGAGUUUUCACCAAACUAAUUAACAGGAAUACUACUAUUCCCACCAAGAAGGGUCAGGUUUUCUCCACAGCAGCAGAUGGACAGACUCAAGUAGAGAUCAAAGUGUGUCAGGGUGAGAGGGAAAUGGCAGCAGACAACAAGGUGCUGGGUCAGUUUACUUUAGUGGGCAUCCCCCCCGCCCCUCGAGGUGUUCCCCAAAUUGAGGUCACAUUUGACAUCGACGCUAACGGCAUUGUACACGUGUCGGCCAAGGACAAAGGGACAGGCCGGGAGCAGCAGAUUGUUAUCCAGUCAUCAGGAGGUCUCAGUAAAGAUGACAUAGAGAACAUGGUCAAGAAUGCUGAGAAGUAUGCAGAGGAGGACAGGAGGCGAAAGGAGCGUGUGGAGGCUGUAAAUAUGGCUGAAGGCAUUGUUCACGAUACAGAGUCAAAGAUGGAGGAAUUCAAAGACCAGCUUCCUGCUGACGAGUGUGCGAAGCUGAAGGAAGAGAUCACUAAGGUCCGAGAUCUUCUCACCAACAAGGACUCUGAAACGGGAGAGAACAUCAAGCAGGCGGCCAGCAACCUUCAGCAGGCUUCUCUCAAGCUCUUUGAAAUGGCCUACAAGAAGAUGGCAUCAGAGCGUGAAAGCAGCAGCAGCAGCAGCUCCAGUUCCAGCUCAGAGGGCGAGAAGAAAGAAGGCCAGCAGUAGACAUUGGACUUUGCGCUGCGCAUUUGUUGUCGCUGAGGUUGACAACAGGACUGUUGGGGGAGGGAGGGGAGGCCUGUUAUGAAUGUUGUCAAUCAAGAUUAUGUAUGUGCGGAUGGAUGGAUGGAUGCAUGUCAGUGUAGAUGUAUGCAGGAAAGGCCAUUGAAAUUGGGGCAGGUGGGUGUUAUCUUGUUGUUCUUUUGUAAUAAAAACUAAAUAUAAGGCCUGGAACUGAUUGAAUCAAGUGUGGCUUGUAGCUACAAGGGGUCAAAUCCUUUUUGUCUGCAUAAGUCCGAAGCUUCAGCUCUAGCUUGUAGCGGAAGGAAAAUGAGACUGUGUUGAAGGAUUCUACUGUUUAUGGCCAACAGAGGGAGCCAUUUAUCCGCAUAUGACAAGAGUGCAUCCAUUUUCUAUAACAGAAGUCACCAACUUGACCUGUUUUCCAUGUCUCUCCUCCAACGCACCUCGAUCAAAGAUCAACUCAACAGGAAGCUCCUCUGAAGCCUGAUGACCAAUCCUGAUUAUUUGAUUCAGAGGUGUUGGAGGAGCGAGACAUGGAAAGCACGACUAAAUAGUUUCCCCUGUUCAAUAGUGCUUGUCCUUAAUGGAGCUAGCUGUGCUGGGCACCAGCUCACACCUGACGGAGGUGAAAGGUUGAGUACCCACAGAACGGCUUAGCAGGCCAAAUGGACAAUUUAGAAAAACUUCAUUUUAUUUCAGAGCACUUUACUAACUGCCGCUAUAACGAAGUCUUCCAGUGACCUAGUAUGCACAUUUGAAAAAUAUUUUCUUGUCUGAAUAGUUCUUUCCGAGUGCUAUUGUUGCAAGCAGCUUUUGCAAAAAUUGGCUUUUAGAGGUGGUAAAAGUAAACGAAUGGUUGCAGAGUUUAAAAAAAAAAAAACCGAUUCAGUUCCCACUGACAUUAAUUUGGUCUUAAUUUUUGCAUGCCAAACCCUGGCUUUUCACUACUUUCAUCUACAGUAUAUAUUGAGGUACAGGGCUUACCUCAAAUGAAAUGCUGGCCUUCCCUGAUUGCUUGUCAGCAAACUUAUUUUCACAAUAUUCUAUGUCUGCUCCUCCACUGACUGGCUUUGCAUUUUCCUAUUUAUGUUCUUUUUCUGUUUUUAUUGGUGAGUUCUUUUAAUUUGACUAAAAUGGCUUAAUUCAAUGGUUAUUGUAAGUUGUAUGUAUUUGGGUCAUUAUUAAAUUAUUAGUUGGCAGAAUAUAAAUACAGGUACAUUUAUCAAUGCUUUAAAUUGGUUUUCAUGUAACCAAAUUUCAUGCUAUUUUGAAAUGAUUUUAGUAAAAUUAUUUUGCAUUUGUAUUUUCCAUUUUCAUCCAUGUUCAAGUAGAUACAUAAUUGAUAUAUCUAUAAGGGGUUCAAAUUACAGUAAUUGGUUAAAUAAAGUAAACCGAAUAAGA